AAAACAGGCCAAACUUGUGCUUCAUCUGUUCAUCAUUGUUACUUUUAUCAUUGGUUACUUUACUAGGAGCCGUGGAUUUUGAAAUUAUGGAUCCUAAUAAUCUUCAAGGAUUCAAUUCUUAUAUUCGUCAACAAGGUCGUACUCUGUGCUCUUCACUACCUAGAACAACCGUAAUUGUACCCGUGUCUGAUACUUGAAUAAUCAAAACCCGACAUUGUUCCAAACCAUAUUUUCUGAGUUCAAAGUCAUGCCUUAGCGAAUGCAGCCUUGUUUUACACAGAAUUUACACUCUGAAUCCAUUUUAAUGUCAACCGGAAUGAUGAAAGCAUUGUUUCUUGGUUUACUUUCUCUUCUGUUUCUUCGGUCCUCUAAUGCACAGAUAGCUGCUUCGGAGACAAAUGUUCUUCUCCAAGUCCAACAACUUCUUGAAUAUCCACAAGUGCUCCAAGGUUGGAAUAACUGGACAAAUUUUUGCAGUCUUCCUCCCUCGCAAUCUCUAGCUGUCGUUUGCUCAGGUAAUCAUAUAACAGAAUUGAGUGUCGUUGGAAAUAUCACAAAUCCGCGAAGUCUGUCCAAAAAUUUCUCUAUUCAUUCAUUCUUCUCUACACUAACAAACCUUUCAAAUUUGAAAGUUCUGUCACUUGUUUCGUUAGGACUAUGGGGUCCAUUACCUCGUGACAUCGAUCUUUUAGGGUCUCUUGAAGUAUUGAACAUUAGUUCAAAUCAAAUCUAUGGAAACAUUCCUGCAUCCAUUGCCACAAUCAAGAAUCUUAAAAAUCUUGUUUUGGCUGAUAAUGUCUUGUAUGGGAGAAUUCCGAAUCUAAAAGGUUUACAAAAUCUUGAAGAACUUGACUUGAGUAACAAUCACUUGGGGCCUAGAUUACCAUCUUUAAGUGGCAAUGUGGUUAGUGUCACUUUAAAAAACAAUUCUCUGAAAUUUGAAAUUCCUUCUGCUCUUCAAAGUUAUGACAGACUUGAAAGACUUGAUCUCUCUGCCAACAAACUAAGUGGUCCGAUUCCUUCCUUUCUGUUUUCUCUUCAAUCAAUUCAGUACCUCAGUCUGUCCAGGAAUCAUCUCAGUGGUGAACUUGCCAAAAAUGUAUCCUGCAACAAAAAUCUUAAGUACGUGGACAUUUCUAAUAAUUUUUUGAUCGGAAAGUUGCCUGUUUGCAUCCAAUCAAAUUCUCAGAACCGGACAGUAAUUAGUUGGUGGAAUUGCCUGUCUAAUUCAAGCUCAAAAUAUCAGCACAGAUACUCAUUUUGCCAGAAAGAGGCCUUGGCUGUCAAGCCUCCAGCUAUGAAUCAAAAGAAGCGAACAACCAUGAAACUUGGGAUUGUUCUUGGUAUUAUUGGAGCAACUGUGGGAAUUGUGUGCACAAUUGGGAUACUUGUUUUCAUCAUUUACAGAAGAAAAGCAGCUGCAAAAGCUAGACAUCACAAAGAUAAUGGCUUUAUCUUCGACCAAAACCCAGCCCGGGGCUCUCCUAUUGUGGAUAGCAGGCAUAGACCACAAACAAUGAGAAGAAUGGCAACCUUUGGUCUCCCGCCUUAUCAAAUCUUUACUUGGGAGGAAAUACAUGAUGCAAGCAACAACUUUGACUAUUCGAACUUAGUAGGGGAAGACUCUCAAGGGCAGGUCUAUAAUGCUUGGCUUAGGGACGGAUCUCCAGUACUGCUGAAACGUAUGAACGUGAAACAUAAGCAUUCACCUCAGAUAAUGAAACAGUAUAAAGAAAGUCUAUCGAAGCUAAGGCACCAGAAUCUAGUCAGUGUUCUUGGACACUGCAUUGCUAAUAACGUAGGCAAUCCCAAUUUGACCACUAUUUAUGUUGUUCAAGAAUUCAGUAUCAAUGGAUCACUGAGGGAUCAUUUCAAAGACUGGAGAAAGCGAGAAGUUCUCAAGUGGCCACAGAGAAUGGGCAUCAUAAUUGGUGUUGCAAAGGGCAUCGAAUUCCUGCACAGAGGGGUAGCCCCGGGACAUUUUGGGAACAAUAUCAAGAUGAAGAACAUAAUGUUGGACGAAAAUCUCAAUCCAAAAAUCAGUAGUUACACAUUGCCUGUUCCUUCUAAGGUUGGUCUUGAAAGCCCUCUUAACAGGGAUGUAAGGAGCCCUCUUAACAGGGAUGUAAAGAAUUCUGAGACGGCCCGUGAAAGCUCAUUAUACGCCUGUGAAAAUCCCGAAAAAGAUGAUAUUUACCAACUCGGUGUAAUUCUCCUACAAGUUAUUACUGGCAAACUAUUCAACUCCAGGUCUGAAAUAGCUGAAAUGAAGCUACAGCUGGAGACAAACUUAACAGAUGUCAUGCCAGACUCAUCACCAAAAAUGAGUGACUUAGCAGAUCCUUCUCUACGAGGAACAUUUGCAUACGGAUCGUUAAAAGCUGCGGUUGAGAUUACUGUCCAUUGUCUCGAGGACGAUUCGAGCUCAAGACCAUCGAUAGAUGAUGUUGUUUGGCACCUGCAGUAUUCAAUCCAGGUUCAAGAAGGAUGGAACAGUAGUGGAAACCUGGACACCAGAGUAUGAUGUGUAUAUAAAAUCUUUGGAAUGAUUUUGAGUGUAACAAGAUUGUUUUUAUAAUUAGUGACAUUUCAUAACACUGAACUUGCCUAAUUGGGCAACAAAGUGGAACAGCUAAAUAACUAAAAAUGUGCUCGGUUCUUUUGUUAGA